GCUACAUUUGCUACUGGAGAUCGUCAAGGUGAGACUUAAAACAAGUGCCGGUUUUGCUGCUGCACAGAAGAAGAAGAAAGAAUUUUCAAAAUGUUUUCAAGAUUCGGCGUUUUCACUUGCCUUCUGUUUAUACACGGGGCUGUCUGGAUUAAUGCGGAAGAUGGACAUGAUUUCGCCAAGAGGGGUUUCGGUUCCUACUUUUCAAACAGCUAUUUUGAUGAAAUAGCUGCCGCAACAUGUGCUGCUUUACCUCUAAGUCGAGCGGGACAUGUAUUCCCAGUUAGACGAAGGUGUUCCUCAAGUUCAAAGGAGACUUGCGACCAAAUCUGUCAAAGCUCUGGAGUUUUAAAGCAAACGUCCUGGAACAAUAAGUAUGAUUGCCCGUCCAAAUGCAUCGAGUCACUUCAUGUCUACAGGAAUCGUCCGGACCUGUUACCAAACCUCAAGUCUGACACAGAUGUCGGUAAAGUUGGUCUAUUGGUCUUUCGUUACCAGAGCUGUAUUGCAACUUCUUGUGGUCCAAACUAUUGUUGUUGUGUAAAACGAUAGAUUUAUGUUAAUCAAAAGAAAACUCAAAAUAAUCAAUGUAAAGCUAAAUCUUGAGUUUUAACUGUAAUAAAACGCUAUGGAGUGUGUAUCCUUAA